AUGGAUGUCCUUCUGAGAUUUUCAAACCUAAAAGAGGACUACGACAAGGUGACCCCCCUCUCUCCCUUCCUGUUCCUUAUAGGUAUGGAGUAUCUAUCUAGAAUCCUAACUGUUGCUGGUGAGGAUCCACACUUUUGUUUCCAUGACCGAUGUAAGGGCCUUAAACUCAACCAUCUAUAUUUCGCGAAUGAUCUUAUGCUGAUCUGCAAGGGUGAAGCUCAGUCUGCUCAGAUUUUAUGUGAUUGUUUGGAAACGUUUGUUGCCUCCUUUGGCCUUCAUGCUAAUACUUCUAAGUCAGCCCUAUACUUGGCAGGGGUCCUUGAACCCGUUCAGCUUCAAAUAGCACAAGUCACACAACUACCCCUUGGUAGACUGCCUUUUAGGUACUUAGGAGUCCCCCUCACUUCCAAGCGCAUUCCAGCUACUGACUAUGAUUCCUUAGUUGACAAGAUGAUAGCAAGAAUUUGCUCAUGGAUUUCAAGAAUUCUCUCUUAUGCCGCUAGAGUGCAACUUGUAUCAGUAGUGCUUCAAAGCAUAAGCUCUUAUUGGUGCCAACUCUUUAUUCUGCCUAGAGCUAUCAUAAAGAAAGUGAAUACUAUUUGUUGA